CGCCGCCGCCGCCGCCGCCGCCGCCGCCGCCACCGCCGGCCCAUGACUGAGCCCCGCCGCCGCCGGCCGAGGAAUGGGCUCCGGGCUCUGGUAGGAAGCGCUGGGAGCGGGGGGCGCUUUUAAAACACCGAUCUGGGUUUUUAAAAAACCUCCUUUGAAAAAAUAAUGGCAAACUCGACGGGGAAGGCGCCUCCGGACGAGCGGAGAAAGGGACUCGCUUUCCUGGACGAGCUGCGGCAGUUCCACCACAGCAGAGGGUCGCCUUUUAAAAAAAUCCCUGCGGUGGGUGGGAAGGAGCUGGAUCUUCACGGUCUCUACACCAGAGUCACUACUUUAGGCGGAUUCGCGAAGGUCUCUGAGAAGAAUCAGUGGGGAGAAAUUGUUGAAGAGUUCAACUUUCCCAGAAGUUGUUCUAACGCUGCCUUUGCUUUAAAACAGUAUUACUUGCGUUACCUAGAAAAGUACGAGAAAGUUCAUCAUUUUGGGGAGGAUGAUGAUGAGGUACCACCAGGCAAUCCAAAGCCACAGCUUCCUAUUGGUGCAAUUCCAUCUUCCUACAAUUACCAGCAACACAGUGUGUCAGACUAUCUGCGUCAAAGUUAUGGGCUGUCUAUGGACUUUAAUUCGCCAAAUGAUUAUAAUAAAUUGGUGCUUUCACUGUUAUCUGGACUCCCAAAUGAAGUGGACUUUGCUAUUAAUGUAUGCACUCUCCUAUCAAAUGAAAGCAAGCACGUCAUGCAACUUGAAAAAGAUCCUAAAAUCAUCACUUUACUACUUGCUAAUGCCGGGGUGUUUGACGACACUUUAGGAUCCUUUUCCACUGUAUUUGGAGAAGAAUGGAAAGAGAAGACUGAUAGAGACUUUGUUAAGUUUUGGAAAGACAUCGUUGAUGAUAAUGAAGUUCGUGACCUCAUUUCUGACAGAAACAAGUCUCAUGAAGGAACAUCAGGAGAAUGGAUUUGGGAGUCUUUAUUUCAUCCACCUCGAAAGCUGGGCAUUAACGAUAUUGAAGGACAGCGGGUACUUCAGAUUGCAGUGAUUUUGCGAAAUCUUUCCUUUGAGGAGGGCAAUGUUAAGCUCUUGGCAGCUAAUCGUACCUGUCUUCGUUUCCUAUUACUUUCUGCACAUAGUCAUUUUAUUUCUUUAAGGCAAUUAGGCCUUGACACAUUAGGAAACAUUGCAGCUGAGCUUUUAUUGGACCCUGUUGAUUUCAAAACUACUCAUCUGAUGUUUCAUACUGUUACAAAAUGUCUAAUGUCAAGGGAUAGAUUUUUAAAGAUGAGAGGCAUGGAAAUUUUGGGAAAUCUUUGCAAAGCAGAAGAUAAUGGUGUUUUAAUUUGUGAAUAUGUGGAUCAGGAUUCAUAUAGAGAGAUCAUUUGUCAUCUCACUUUACCUGAUGUGCUGCUUGUAAUCUCAACACUCGAGGUGCUAUACAUGCUCACUGAAAUGGGAGAUGUUGCUUGCACAAAAAUUGCAAAAGUAGAAAAGAGCAUAGACAUGUUAGUGUGUCUGGUUUCUAUGGAUAUUCAGAUGUUUGGCCCUGAAGCACUAGCUGCGGUAAAACUCGUUGAACACCCAAGUUCUAGUCAUCAAAUUUUAUCUGAAAUUAGGCCACAAGCUAUAGAGCAAGUCCAAACCCAGACUCAUGUAGCAUCUACCCCAGCUUCCAGAGCAGUCGUAGCACAGCAUGUUGCUCCACCUCCAGGAAUAGUGGAAAUAGAUAGUGAGAAGUUUGCUUGUCAGUGGCUAAAUGCUCAUUUUGAAGUAAAUCCAGAUUGUUCUGUUUCUCGAGCAGAAAUGUAUUCUGAAUACCUCUCAACUUGCAGUAAAUUAGCUCGUGGUGGAAUCUUGACAUCAACUGGAUUUUAUAAAUGUCUUAGAACGGUCUUUCCGAAUCAUACAGUGAAGAGAGUGGAGGAUUCCAGUAACAACGGGCAGGCUCAUAUUCAUGUGGUAGGAGUAAAACGGAGGGCUAUCCCACUUCCCAUUCAGAUGUACUAUCAGCAGCAGCCAGUUACUACUUCUGUUGUUCGUGUUGAUUCUGUUCCGGAUGUAUCUCCCGCACCUUCACCUGCAGGAAUCCCUCAUGGAUCACAAACCAUAGGAAACCAUUUUCAGAGGACUCCUGUUCCCAACCAAUCUUCAAAUUUGACUGCAACACAAAUGUCUUUUCCAGUACAAGGUGUUCAUACUGUGGCACAAACUGUUUCAAGAAUUCCACCAAAUCCUUCAGUUCAUACCCACCAGCAACAAAAUGCUUCAGUGACUGUCAUUCAAAAUAAAGCUCCAAUUCCUUGUGAAGUAGUUAAGGCUACAGUUAUCCAGAAUUCCAUACCCCAGACAACAGUUCCUGUUAGCAUUGCUGUUGGAGGAGGACCUCCACAGAGUUCUGUGGUUCAGAAUCAUAGUACAGGGCCACAACCUGUUACAGUUGUGAAUUCUCAGACAUUGCUUCACCAUCCAUCUGUAAUUCCACAACAGUCUCCCUUACACACAGUGGUACCAGGACAGAUCCCUUCAGGCACUCCUGUUACAGUAAUUCAGCAAGCUGUCCCACAGAGUCAUAUAUUUGGCAGAGUACAGAACAUACCAGCUUGUACUUCUACAGUUUCACAGGGUCAACAGUUAAUCACCACAUCACCUCAACCUGUGCAAACUUCAUCUCAACAGACAUCAACUGGUAGCCAGUCACAAGAUACUGUUAUCAUAGCACCCCCACAGUACGUAACAACUCCUGCAUCCAAUAUUGUCUCAGCAACUUCAGUACAGAAUUUUCAGGUAACUACAGGACAAAUGGUUACCAUUGCUGGUGUCCCAAGUCCACAACCCUCAAGGGUAGGCUUUCAGAACAUUGCACCAAAACCUCUCCCUUCUCAGCAAAUUUCAUCAACAGUAGUACAGCAGCCUAUUCAACAACCACAGCAGCCAACCCAACAAAGUGUAGUAAUUGUAAGCCAGCCAGCUCAACAAGGUCAGACUUAUGCACCAGCCAUUCACCAAAUUGUUCUUGCUAAUCCAGCAGCUCUUCCAACUGGUCAGACAGUUCAGCUAACUGGACAACCUAGCAUAACUCCAUCAUCUUCACCAUCACCUGUCCCAGCUACUAAUAACCAAGUCCCUACUGCCAUGUCGUCUUCUUCCACCUCUCAAUCACAGGGACCACCCCCUACUGUCAGUCAAAUGUUAUCUGUGAAAAGACAGCAACAGCAGCAGCAUUCACCAGCACCCCCACCACAGCAGGUACAAGUACAAGUUCAGCAGCCCCAACAAGUACAGAUGCAAGUUCAACCUCAGCAGUCAAAUGCAGGAGUUGGUCAGCCUGCUUCUGGUGAGUCGAGUCUGAUUAAACAGCUUCUGCUUCCAAAACGUGGUCCUUCAACACCAGGUGGUAAGCUUAUUCUUCCAGCUCCACAGAUUCCUCCCCCUAAUAAUGCAAGAGCGCCUAGCCCUCAGGUGGUCUAUCAGGUGGCCAGUAACCAAGCCACAGGUUUUGGAGUGCAGGGGCAAACUCCAGCUCAGCAGCUAUUGGUUGGGCAGCAAAAUGUUCAGUUGGUCCAAAGUGCAAUGCCAUCCACAGGGGGAGUACAAACUGUGCCCAUUUCGAACUUACAAAUAUUGCCAGGCCCACUGAUCUCAAAUAGCCCAGCAACCAUUUUCCAAGGGACUUCUGGCAACCAGGUAACCAUAACAGUUGUGCCAAAUACAAGUUUUGCAACUGCAACCGUGAGUCAGGGAAAUGCAACUCAGCUCAUUGCUCCAGCAGGCAUUACCAUGAGCGGAACGCAACCAGGAGUUGGACUUCCAGUGCAAACACUUCCAGCCACUCAAGCAUCUCCUGCUGGACAAUCAUCCUGUACUACUGCUACUCCCCCAUUCAAAGGUGAUAAAAUAAUUUGCCAAAAGGAGGAGGAAGCAAAGGAAGCAACAGGUUUACAUGUUCACGAACGUAAAAUUGAAGUCAUGGAGAACCCGUCCUGCCGACGAGGAACCACAAACACCAGCAAUGGGGAUACAAAGGAAAAUGAAAUGCAGUUGGGAAGUCUUUUAAAUGGGAGAAAGUACAGUGACUCAAGUCUACCUCCUUCAAACUCAGGGAAGAUUCAAAGUGAGACUAAUCAGUGCUCACUAAUCAGUAAUGGGCCGUCAGUGGAAUUAGGUGAGAAUGGAGCAUCUGGAAAACAGAACUCAGAACAAAUAGACAUGCAGGAUAUCAAAAGUGAUUUGAAAAAACCGCUAGUUAAUGGAAUCUGUGAUUUUGAUAAAGGAGAUGGUUCUCAUUUAAGCAAAAACAUUCCAAAUCACAAAACUUCCAAUCAUGUAGGAAAUGGUGAGAUAUCUCCAGUGGAACCUCAAGGGACUUUAGACGUCACUCAGCAAGAUACUGCCAAAGGUGAUCAACUGGAAAGAAUUCCUAAUGGACCUGUAUUAACUUUGGGUGGUUCAUCAUCUGUGAGCAGUAUACAGGAGGCUUCAAAUAUGGCAACACAACAAUUUAGUGGUACUGAUUUUCCUAAUGGACCUCUAGCUUCCUGUUUGAAUUCAGAUGUGCCUCAGCAACGCCCAAGUGUAGUUGUCUCACCACAUUCUACAACCUCUGUUAUACAGGGACAUCAAAUCUUAGCAGUUCCCGACUCAGGAUCAAAAGUGUCCCCUUCUCCUGCCCUUUCAUCUGAUGUUCGGUCUACAAAUGGCACAGCAGAAUGCAAAACUGUAAAGAGGCCAGCAGAGGAUAAUGAUAGGGAAACAGUCACAGGAAUUCCAAAUAAAGUAGGAGUUAGAAUUGUUACAAUCAGUGACCCCAACAAUGCUGGCUGUAGUGCAACAAUGGUUGCUGUGCCAGCUGGAGCAGAUCCAAGCACUGUAGCUAAAGUAGCAAUAGAAAGUGCUGUUCAGCAAAAGCAACAGCAUCCACCAACAUACGUACAGAAUAUGGUCCCACAGCCAGAACCUUCUGUGACUACUGCCAACUCUGCUAGCCCAGUUCUGGCUUGAGUUUCUUCUGUAUGCUUACGGUGAUGACAGCAGAUAGAUGGCCAUUGUUGGCAUUAGUACCAAACCUAGGUGUGGGCAGCAGCCAAAUGGAAAGUACAAGAACAAAAGGAAGAGCCCUUUGCUUCAGAACAGUUAUUGCUCUUGCAGUUGCUGAUGGAUAUUACUAAUAUGCAUCUUUCUUCAUGUGAAUGAAUAAAGUUGCCUUCUUGAAGUUCAAAAAAAAAAAAAGGAUAAAGUUGGGCAGUGUGCUGUGGGGCAUAAUAAGAUUUUAAUUUAUAUAUUUAUAUUGUCUGAAUCUAAUUUAGAGUGACUAAACUGUGUAUUCUUUAGGGCAGGGGCCCCCAAUACCUGGGCCACGGACCAGUCCGUGGCCCAUUACGAACCAUGCCACGCAGCCGGAAGUGAGUGGCAGGUGAGCGAGUGAAGGUUCAUCUGUAUCUACUUAUAGCCGCUCCCCAUCACUCACAUUAUCUCCUGAGCUCUGUCUCCUGUCAGAUCAGUGGCAGCAUUAGAUUCUCAUAGGAGCACAAGCCCUAUCAUGAACUGUGCAUGUAAGGGAUCCAGGUUGUGCGCUCCUUAUGAGAAUCUAAUGCCUGACGAUCUGUCACUGUCUCCCAUCACCCCCAGAUGGGACCAUCUAGUUGCAGGAAAACAAGCUCAGGGCUCCCACUGAUUCUACAUUAUGGUGAGUUGUAUAAUUAUUUCAUUAUAUAUUACAAUAUAAUAAUAGAAAUAAAGUGCUCAAUAAGUAUAAUGUGCUUGAAUCACCCCAAAACCAUCUCCUCACUCCCUGGUCUGUGGAAAAAUUGUCUUCCAUGAAACCAGUCCCUGGUGCCAAAAAGGUUGGAGACUUCUGCUUUGAGGGACGUUAUAGACCUGGCAAUAAUUAAUCCUGAGAUGGAAAAUACUAUAUCAUUUUUCUUCAAACAUACUUCCACAUGUUGAGUUUUCCACUAAAACACAUUUUUUUCAAGUAGUGCAUGCAGUGUCGAGUACAUAGUAGACAUUCCCUAGUUAGAUUUUUUCCCCUUAUAUUUAAUAAUUUCCCAUUUUACCUUGAUUAUGUGCCUGUCUUUCCUCUUAGAGACCUUUACAAUCCUAAUAGUUAUAACAGACCAAAUUAGAGAGAAACUAUAUCACUAUGGAAUCGUUUCAUCAACACUCAUUUUUUUGUGCCCUUAAUCUUCCAUUGUGAUUGUAGUCAGUAAUAUCACAAUUACAAAGAAUGAACAAUAAUACUAGCUAAGGUGAGGAUAUGUGGUAGGGACUUUAUACUAAAGAAGUUUCUCAUUUAAUCCUCACACAACCUUAUUAGGUAAAAAUUAUAAAGAUGAGGACUCAAGAAGGCUAAUAACUUACCCAAGGUUACCAAAUAAUAUGAGGUGGUAUCAGGACAGAAACCUGGGUGUAUCUGAAACCAAAACUCAUGCUUUUAACCCAUUAACCUUUCUUCUCUCCACUAUUCUAGAAGAUUUCUUUAUAAAGCUCUAAAGCCCUUUUUAAAAAUCUAACAUAUUGAUGAUUUGAGCUGUUCUGUUAGAAGAUGUUCUAUUAAAUGAUCAUUUUAGGACAUUAGUGCUAAAACUCAUUGAUUAUUUGAGCUGUGAUGUUAAAGGAUGUUCUACUAAAUGAUAAUUUUAGGACGUUAAUGCUAAAAUGCUUUACCUAGCACAUUGGACAUAUAUGUAGUUAAGUCAGGCCAAACAAUCAAUACAUUUUGUUCCUAAUCUGAAAAAAUCUGUAUUAAUCUUCCUUACAUUCUCACAAAGAAUAUAGUUUAUUUAAAAUAGGUACAUUCUUUAUUUCUAAAACUGAUAUUUGCUUGUCUUGUAGAAAUUAAAAUCUUUGCAAAGGAAAAGAUGUAGCAUGCAUGGUAUCUAUGAGGAUGAGAAUAACAAAAACAGCAUUCUUAUAUAUAGCACUUGGCCCAGUGCCUGCUCCAUAUAUGGGCACUUGGUAAUGGGGAAGGUAUGCUUUAUCUUUAUAUAAAAGAUGAAGUAUCUGUUGGGGCUAAAUAUUUUUAACAGAAAAAAUAUUAACUGUUCAAGAUGGCAUUAUAAGUUUCUUUAGAAUAGAAGGCUGUUGGGCCUUCUGAAGAGCAUGCGAAAUAAGAGAAAGUCAUUUCCAUUAUUGCUCCUGUCCUUUAAAUUUCUUUCUUUUUUGGGUGGGGAAGACAGGGUCUCACUCUGUUGACCAGGCUAGAGUACACUGGUGCAAUCACAGCUCACUGCAGCCUUGACCUCCUUGGCUCGAGUAAUCCUUCCACCUCAGCCUCCCAAGACUGUAGCUGGGAGCACAGGCACGUACUGCCAUGCCCAACUAAUUUGUUUUAUUUUUUAUUUUUGUAGAGAUGGGAUCUCUCUAUGUUGCCCAGGCUGGUCUUAAACUUGUAGUAGACUCGAAUGAUUCUUCCGCCUUGGCCUCCCAAAGUGCUGGGAUUAUAGAUGUGAGCCACAGUAUUUAAAUUUCUUUAUAUACUCUUUUUUUUUUUUUUUUGAGAUGGAGUCUUACUCCGUCGUCCAGGUUGGAGUACAGCGGUGUGAUCUUGGCUCACUGCAACCUCUACCUCCUGAGUUCAAGUGAUUCUUCUGCCUCAGUCUCCUGAGUAGCUGGGAUUACAGGUGCCCACCACCAUGCCAAGCUGAAUUUUUGUAUUUUUAGUAGAGACUAGGUUUCACUGUGUUGGUCAGGCUGGUGUUGAACUCCUGACCUCAUGAUCUGCCCACCUCAGCCUCCCAAAGUGCUGGGAUUAUAGGCGUGGAGCCACUGUGCCCAGCCAAAUUUCUUUAUAUACUCUUUAAAGUUGCAUGUUAGACUUUGGAUUAAUACUGUUUUAUUCACUAUUUGAAUUGGUAGCUUAAAGGAGUAGAGGGUUUUAAAUGUGAUUUUUGGAGAAAACUUGUUAUUUUACAAUUUCAAGGGAGGUACUUGCACCCCAGUAAGGGAUUUCCAGACUUGAAGAAUGCUCAGGGCUGGAAAGAGUGCAGGGAAGUGUCCCUGCCAAGAAGGAACAACAAGUAAUCCUUUCUAAUGCCAUUAUAAUUCAUGUUUUUUCUUCUCAGUUUUGUUUCUUUCAUCCUCCAUUAAUCAGCUAUAUUAAUUUUAUUACAGAAAAAAAAACAGCAACAAGUAAAAAUAAUAUAUGUAAAAGUAAAUGAUAUAGCCAUUGAUUUUAUAUUUAAGUAGUAUUUAACUGGGCAGUUGAUACAAAUAUAAAAUAAGUUGUACCUAUUUCAGGGCACAUUUCUUUAUUGGUAUUUCAAAUGUAAUAAUUGCAAGUUGAAGCACAAUUUAUAGGAUAUUGUUUCCAGAAGCCCUGCCCUGUUCCACUUUCAUGAAUUGGUAUCUGUUGGAAACAUAUUGGCUAAAUGGCAUAUUAAAAAUUAAAAUGAAUUUACAAAAUGAAAGAAACUUAGAUAUAAAAACUUAAGACUUUUUUUUUCAGGAUCAUACAAAUGUGUGUUGAACACAAUCUGUCAGUUAUCUGUUAAUCCCAUAAUCUGAUAACAUGCCAAAUACUUAUGCAUAAAAAUACUUUACUUAAAGAUGUACAUAUUUAUGAUACUUAACAUAUGCCUUGCAUGAAUUCAGAAUGUGAAUCAUUUCUGAUAAUGGUACUGUGUAACAUGGAAUAUUGGUAUCUUACUGGUAAAGAGCUUGAGAAAGUUACUCGACCCAUCAGAAAGCAGAUUGGUAGCCUCAGGGGGCAGCAUUUAGUUGUAGCCAUAAAAGAACAGUAUAGCAAGACCCAUAAGAAUAUCAUUUAUGUUUUUCUAAGAGUACUGCUACUCAGAUUUGUAGACCAGUAGCAUAUUAUAAAAACUAGGGAAAGUAUUAUAUAACUUUUUUGUUUGUAUUUUAAUUUGUUCUUAUAAAGCAGGGUUGGCAUGUACUGAUGAUCUAAAUUUAUACUUAAUAAGAGGUAAAAACUUUUUAAGAAAAUGGAGGAAUAUUAGAGCUGAAAGGGUCUUUGAUAUUAUCUUAGCCAAAACUCCUACUUUUAAGAGUUGAAACAAAUUGCCCCCAUUCACAAAAAUUCUCUGUUUUCCAGUGAUUUCUAUUAAUGCCUUAAUUUUCUUCUCUAAAGACUUAUACGUUUAGCUAAAUGCAUCUCUGUCUCCCUCUCUCUUUUUAAAUAUUUUUAAAAUUAUUAUUAUACAAAGCCUCGCUCUGUUGCCUAGAGUGGAGUGCCAUGGUGCACUUCUGACUCACUAUAAUCUCUGCCUCUUGGGCUUAAGCAAUCCUCCCACCUCAGCCUCCUGAGUAGCUGACACUAUAGGUGCAUGCCACCACAGCUGCCUAAUUUUUGUAUUUUCUGUAGAGGCAAGGUUUCACCAUGUUGCCUAGGCUGGUCUCAAACUUUUGGGUUCAAGUAAGUGAUCCUUCUACCUUGGCCUCCCAAAGUGCUGGCAUUACAGGCAUGAGCCACCAUGUCUGGCCUAGCUAAAGGUAUCUCUUUUAUAUCACAGUCAGAGUAAAUACAAUUCUUGUUCCUUACAAGGGUUUUGGAAAGUGUCUUUCCUUCUCACUUCUUCUUUAGAAUGCUCUUUCCCGGUUCCUUCAAUUUUAGGUGUCAUGGUGUCUAGUUUAUUCACCAUCCUAUUUAUCUCAACCACAGAAGAUAGAGCUACUCAGGAGGCAGAGGUGGGAAGAUUGCUUGAGCCCAGGAGUUCAAGGCUGCAGUGAACUGUGAUCAUGCCAUUGCACUCCAGUCUGGGUGACAUAGCAAAAUUCUAUCUAAAAAAAGAAAAAGAAAGAAAGAAACCUUCCCCUUACAUUUUCCUUGCUCUUGCUCUUUAACCCCUCUUCCCACACUAUUUUCUCAGAAUCAGACUUUUUUUUUUUUUUUUUUUUUUUUUUUGAGAUGGAGUCUUGCACUGUCGCCCAGGCUAUGGUAGUACAGUGGCACAGUCUCUGCCUCCUGGGUUCAAGCAGUUCUCUUGCUUCAGCCUCUCAAGUAGCUGGGACUACAGGCAUGCACCAUCAUGCCCAACUAAUUUUUUUGUAUUUUUAGUAGAGACGGGGUUUCACCAUGUUUGCCAUGAUGGUCUUAAUCUCCUGACCUCAUGAUCUGCUCGUCUCGGCCUCACAAAGUACUAGGAUUACAGGGGUGAGCCACUGUGCACCUGGUCCAGAGUUUUUAUGGGUCUUAGAAUUUGCAGGUGAAUGGUUUUCAGAUUUAUUUUUCCAACAUUAACUUCUAUUGAUAGACAUUUUUAGUUGGUUCAUCUGUCAUUGUUCCCAAACUAAACUGAUCAUUUUUCCUCCAAAAUAUGUUUUCCUAUCAUUAUUGCCAUUUAUUAAGAAUCUCGAGUUAGGCUUUUCAUGUAUAGUUUCUCUAGUCUUCCCAGCAUCUCUUAAGUUAGUUUUUAUUACUUACACAAGAAAACUGAGGAUCAGAGAGGUUAAGCAGGUAGCCCAAGAUCACAUGGCUAGUUAAAAGUCUAAUUGAAAGUGUAAGUCCUGAUAUGUCAAGCUGGAAAAUCCUCAUCCUAUCUGUGUGACCUUUGUGCUGCCCUAAAAUAUUUUUGAUACAUGUAUAAGAGUGGGAACCUAUUAUAGAAACAUCAAUCUCAAAGUAGUUUUUUCCCUCAGAAUUGGGAACUUAGAAGUUCUUAUGACUUCCCAUUUCUGAUAGCUUUGUUUUUCAGCAUGUUAGUUUUCUUUCAUUUGUAUGUUAUAGUAGCCUUGUGUGCUUGCGAUUUAUCUAUUUUUUCCUAAAGAAAAUUACCAUGGCUUUUAAUCUUAAGUUCUCAGCAAUUUUAGCUUUCUGCUUGCCCACCUAUUUCCAGUACAGUCAAGUGCUACUUAAAGACAUUUCUGUCAAGGAUGGACCACAUAAUAUAAUGAUAAUCUCAGAAGAUUAUAAUAUCAUAUUUUCACUGUACUUUUUCUAUGUUUUGAUACACAAAUAUUUAACCAUUGUGUUACAGUUCCCUAUAGUACUCAGUACAAUAAUAUGCUAUACAGGUUUUAAGCCUAGGAGCAAUAGGGUAUUCCAUAUAGCCUAGGUAUGUAUAAAGCUAAAUCAUCUAGUUUUGUGGAAGUACGUUAUAUGGCAUUCACAGAACAACGAAAUGGGUCACCUAACGACCCAUUUCUCAAACAUAUUCCUGUCACUAAGCAAUGAAUAACUGUGUACCUUAUAAAGAACAAGUGUAUUUUGUGUUUUCCCAGGAUUUUAAUUUAUGACUUUUAAGCAGUUCCUCAAAAAUGAUAUACUACCAUUUCUAUAAGAAAUUUAAUAGUAGUUUUCCCCUUUGUGGUAUUUAAAAAAUAUAUAUUGCUUAAAAUUGAUUUAAGGCACAUUGUAAUUAUUAGUGUUUUUUUCUAAGAGAAAGGGAUGGGAUUUAUAGGUGACAGUGUGAGUCUCUAAAAAUAAAAAAUACAUAAUUGAGUAACCUCAAAAUCUAAAAUUGUUAAGCAGCUUGCUGCAAAUUAGUUAAUGUGAUAGAUUUAUAUGAUUACACCAUUUUUUGCUAACUAAAAUUUUCAUUGCUUUUUACCAUAUUGUUUCACUUUAUAUUCGUUACAAAAAUCUAAAAGGAAAUAUACAAAGAAGUAGUAAUUUGCAGUUGAUCUGUUUUUGUGAAGAAUUCACAUAAGUAAAUCCAGUGGGUACAUUUAUAGUAUAUA